AUGUUCACCUCAAUUGAUGCCCUCUUACGACAUGAUAAUAAUCAUAAUCACAUUAAUAACAAUGAUAAUGGUAGCAGUAAUAAUCAUAGUGACAGUAAUCAUCAAAAUGCAGUAACUUUAUCAAAUUAUCAAAAAUCGAAUGGAAAAAUUGUUCAUAUUUUACCUGAUAAAAUUUCCCCAUCUACUUAUUCCGUUAAUUCUCUAUCAUUAUUUCCUGCAAAUCAACGUGAUGUGAAAACACUUUAUGGAGUGGAAAAUAUGCCUUAUGUCCCAUCUAUAACACCAACUUCGUCAUCAGCAAUAACUGUUACCACACCAACCAAGUUAUCAUCAUCAUUAUCAUCAUCAUCAUCAUUUAUGCCACCCAUAGCAACAACAGCAUCAUCAACAACAACAACAACAACAACAGUAGCAAUAGCAACAACAACUACUACGGCAACAAGGACAGAGACAGCACCAAUCCUAAUUGGACAACUACCGUAUCCGUCCAUGUUCCAGACCACUAACAUUCCAUUACUCUACGAUCAUAUUGCUCUAACAAUAAAUGCAUGGCAAACGUUGGGAAAGAUCCGACGUCCACGGACAGCAUUUACUACUGAACAACUCAUCGAACUCGAAAGAAAUUUCGCGCAAACUCGCUAUUUAUCGCGACCUAAAAGGUAUCAGUUAGCUCAAAAAUUGCAUUUAUCAGAAACACAAAUCAAAAUAUGGUUCCAAAAUCGACGCAUGAAGAAUAAACGUUCCGGUUCUGUUACUUUAAUUCAAGCCAAAUCUAAUUGA